AUGCCUGCAGUUCUGACUGCGAGGCAACUCCAACGCCAUAUCACGCCCUGCCUUGCCAUUUCCUUCCCUUUGCGGGACUUCUCGACUGAACGACGCUCCAACACUCCCUAA